AUGGCUUCCCUGAUUUGGGCUUUCUGGCUGGGCGAGGCCACGGCAAGAGCUGCCACACCGCCGGAACCACCCAGGUCUGUUCUCUUGUCAACACUUCACCCGAUAAGUCGGACGGGAUACGGAGGCCAGGCGCAGUUGCUCGUGGCUGAACUCCAGAGGCAGAGCUGGCAUGUCCAGCUCCUGGCAUGGAAUCUGCGCCACCGUGGCGAACCUCCAGCAGAAGAUCUCGAGACGCUUCUGCUCCGGCACAAGAUAGGCAGGUCGGAUGCUUUGGAACAGGCAGGGGGAGAUCCACGCGUGCUGCUCUCCGGCGUUCCAGUACUUACAUCGCGUAUUGCCCCUCCAACAGGCCACGAGACUGGGGAGGGAUGGUUGGAAGUCCUCAGAGCUGUGGACUUGCUGGAGGCCGCAGAGAAAAACUGCAGCUCAGCCUGCUCUUUCCGGAAGCCAGAUGUAAUCUUGCACUUGCACGACGCCUGGUGGCUUGGGCCCGCUCCUCUCCGGGUGAAGGAUGCAGGAGUGAGUGGGCAUCUGCCACCAUUGCUGGCCUGGUUGCCGAUUCUUUUCGACCCCCUCCUGAGCGAUGACAAGGAGCGCCCAGACAGGUCCGGGCAGGCCUUAGAAGUCUUCGGAGGUGUCAUCGCCAUGUCCGUGUGGGGUCGGGGCGUCUACGAGGGAGCCUUGGCCUCUCCGACUCCGCUCCGGCUACCACCUUUGUUGGGACAUGUCCCGCAUGCCUUGGAGCCCUCCUUCUCCGAGGGGCCUCUGGCCUUUGAGAGCGAGGCGCGGCAGCGGCUGAGGAGGGCCUUUGGCUUGCCGGAGAAGGCCUUUGUCGUGCUGCUGGUGGGACGCAAUCCCCCGAGCGGUGAAGCCAAUCGGAAGUCUCACAAGGCCGGAAUCCGGGCCUUCACCAAGAUCCGUUCGCGCAUUUCCGAGCUCUGCAACGAGCUUCAGGGGUCCGCCGUGCAAGAGGCGUGUGCCCGCACGCCCACAGCCCACUUGCACGUGCACUGUGACCUGGACGGUUCUGUGGACAUCCGAGCACUGCUUGCAGAAGUCGGCUUGGGCCUCACGAUCGACGGGGGAGCCAGCAACAGUCGCGAGCGGUUGUCACCAGAGCAGCUUCGAAGCCUCUACACUGCAAGCGACGUCCUUCUGCAACUGAGUCGUGCCGAAGGCUUCGGCCUUCCGGUGAUCGAGGCCCAGGCCUGUGGUGUUCCAGUGAUCGUCAAUGGUGCCACAGCCAUGGCCGAGAAUGUUGUCUUGGGAAAGGUCCUGCUUCCCAAACCCCGGCAAACCCCCAGUGGAGGCCGCGAUGACAGACCGGGAUCGUGGACGCCCCCUGACAGCGUCGCGGCGGCUGAAGCACUUCUUGCGUUCUGGGUGUCGCCUCCGUCCCCGACGGAGCGCAAUGCUGCACGCAUGAUCUUGCACAGCACCUUCUCGCAGGCCUCCGUUGGCCAGCGGGUCAGCCAGCUGUUGCAGACGGCACUGCGGCCACGACGGACUUCAGCGACGAGCGCCCGCUCGGAUGCUGGCCCAGCAGAACCCGCUGUGCCGCCUGCAGAUUCAGAUCGUGCAGCCUUCUGCGUCAAGGAGUUUCGGCGGGCUGAGGAAUGCUGGCGAACAGUACAUUCCGAGUGCUCUGGACUCGAAGAGGAUCUCCGAAUCUGCUUCAGGAGCGACUGGAAAGAGCCAAGACUUGCAAAGGACAAACCAGCCAUGCUCCGGAACCGACUCACAAGCACACGACAAGGCUGGCCAAUGCUGUACAAUGUCUAUGACAUCAUGGUCGGGCGAAUGCUUGAGGUCUGCGGCAGCUGGCUAGGCCAGGAGGCCUUGCUUCACAGCAUUCUCCUCUCUCCUGCAGGGCCCGGCGGGCCCGGUUCAGGUCGGGUUUUGGAGGCCGGAGCCCACAUCGGUGCGAUGACGGUGCCCAUGGCGCAAGAGGUCCUCCAAGGGCGCCUGCUUGCCCUGGAGCCCUCAAGGCUCAACCUGCAGCUGCUCACCGCCAACCUGGCCCUUGCUCAGGUCUCCAACGUCGACACCCACCAAGCAGCCCUCGGAGCUGUGUCCAAGGGCUCGGUGAUGGUGGAGGAGCCCGGUAUCAUGCCCUUUGCCGAUCUCCGUUUUUUCGGGCCCGGAAAGAAGAACAGGAAGGUGCCGGUGGUGAGUGUUGAUCAGCUGCUGGGAGCCGUGGAUCGUUUGGACCUUCUGAGACUAGGCUUGGCAUCCACUGCUGGGCACGGGCUUUCCAUGGCCAUUGCUGGCGCUGUCAGAUCUUUGGAGCGAUUCCAGCCUUGGGUUUUGGCUGAGCUGCCUUUGCGAGACUCGGGAAGCAAGCUCGAUUUGAAAAUGGAGGUGAGUGGUGAUGAUGAGGCCUCCUUUCUCAACAGCAUGGACAGUUCCGCCUACGACUGCGUCCGUUGCGACUUGCCUGUGGGAAUGACAGAAGAGCCUCCAGAGAGCUGGGCCAGCUGCGCGUCUGAUCCCCGAGCCCAGCUGAAAGCGAAGAUGCUUCUCUGCGGCCACCGCUCCCGCACGUCGGGCGCGUCGUCAGGGGCGUUUGGCGAGUUCCCGGACGCCUCGGUGUGGUUGCGGGCUGUGGCGGCCUGCGAAAGCUUUUUAGCUCCCGAAGCGAGAAAGCAGCGUCAGACCUCACAGCUGAUGGAGCAGCAAUGCCGAGAGAGCAAGGAUGUCCAGCAACGUUUGGGCGCUACCUUGCAACAGAGGUCGUCAAGUGCAUACGUAGCCUCUGCUUACCCGAACUACCCUGCAAUGCGGGCUCGUCCUGGCUAUGUGGGUGUGCAGGAGACCCACAUGAGCCUGGCCCGGAUGCGGACCGAGGCAGGGCCGUCGGAGCUUGGGAGGUUCUGA